CUAGCGGGAGCUCGGUAUCGCGCGGCUCGGGUGAUCUUGCGCAGAGCGUAGGUGGCGUUUGGCGCUUGCUCCUACUCCGCCUGUCUCUUUGCAGCCUCCGGGAGAUCUGCUCCGCUCUUCUAACCUCCGGCAUCAUGUGGAUGACACCUAAGAGAAGCAAAAUGGAUGUGGAGGAGGCUCGGGGGUUCCGGCCCGAGUGGACCCAGCGUUAUUUGGUGGUGGAGCCGCCGGAGGGCGAAGGGGCCCGCUGCCUGGUCUGCGCCCACCUCGUCGUAUCCGCUAGCGAACGCGACGUCAGGCGCCACUACGAGGCCGAGCACAGGUACUACCAGCGGUAUGUGGAGGAGGGCGAGCGGGAGGCCCUGGUGGAGCGCCUGCGGCAGGGCGACAUUCCCGAGGUGGUCCCGCCCACUCCCGAGGAGAGAGCGGCGCGGGCAGGCCUCGGCAUCGCCCGCCUCUUGGCCCUGCGGGGUCGCGGCGGGGGUGAGGGGGACUUUGUGUACCAGUGCCUGGAGGUGAUGCUGAAUGAUGUGCUGCCGGACCACGUAGGCGUCUUGGGUGGCAUUGAUUUAUCCCCCGAGACCAUCCGGCAGAGGGUCCUGAACAUUAACGAGAACCUCCGCAGCCAGCUUUUUAACCGGGCCAAGGACUUUCGAGCCUAUUCCCUGGCCUUGGAUGACCAGGCCUUUGUGGCCUAUGAGAACUACCUCCUGGUUUUUGUCCGCGGCGUGGACGUGGACUUGGAGGUGCAGGAAGAGCUGCUGACCAUUAUCAACCUGACUAAUCACUUCAGUGUUGGUGCUCUCAUGGCGGCAAUCCUCGAGGCCCUGCAGACGGCCGGGCUUAGCCUGCAGCGAAUGGUGGGACUAACCACCACCCACACCCUGCGGAUGAUUGGUGAGAACUCUGGACUGGUGUCGUACAUGCGAGAAAAGGCUGUAAGCCCCAACUGUUGGAAUGUCAUCCAUUACUCGGGAUUCCUUCACUUGGAGCUGUUGAGCUCCUACGACGUUGAUGUUAAUCAGGUCAUAAGUACCGUAUCUGACUGGAUACUGCUGAUUAAGACAAGAGGCAUCCGGCGACCCGAAUUCCAGGCUUUACUAACUUCAUCGGAGUCAGAGCAUGGCGAAAGGGUUAAUGGACGGUGUCUGAACAAUUGGCUGAGAAGAGGGAAGACUUUAAAGCUAAUAUUUUCAUUAAGGAGAGAGAUCGAAGCGUUCUUGGCUUCGGUGGGGGCAACAACAGCCCAUUUCUCAGACCCAGAGUGGCUUUGUGAUUUUGGCUUCUUGGUGGAUAUUAUGAACCACCUCCGAGACCUCAGUGAACUACUGCGAUUCAAUAGAGUCUUUGCUGCUACUGCAUUUGACCAUAUUUCUAGCUUUGAUGCUAAGCUGAAUUUACUGCACAGACAUAUUGAGGAAAAAAAUCUAACACACUUUGCUGCCUUGAGAGAAGUCGUUGAUGAGCUUAAACAGCAUAUUAAAGAAGAAGACAAAAUUCUUGAUCCGGGUAGGUAUAAAGUGGUGAUCUGUCGCCUGCAAAAAGAAUUUGAUAGACAUUUCAAGGACCUCAAGUUCAUUAAAAAGGACUUAGAACUCUUUGCAAAUCCAUUUAACUUUAAAGCUGAACAUGCACCUAUUGCAGUAAGGAUGGAGCUAACAAAACUUCAAGCAAAUUCUGACCUUUGGGAGGAAUACAGAAACAAAGACCUGGGACAGUUCUAUGCUGGAUUGUCUGCUGAAACUUACCCGAUUAUCAAAGGGGUUGCCUAUAAGGUGGCAUCCUUGUUUGAUAGCAGUGAAAUCUGCGAAAAGGCUUUUUCAUAUUUGGUUAGAAACCAGCACACCUUGAGCCAGCCGUUAACAGAUGAGCAUCUCCACGCCCUGUUUAGGAUCGCCACAACUGAAAUGGAGCCACAUUGGGAUGCUCUUGUCAGAGCAAGAAAUCCUCCUAAUCCAUAAGCUUUUGAAACAAACACUCAACGAGAAUCCAGUCCUAAAAGCAAACAUUUGACUUUUCAAGUUUACUCAUUUGGAGCGUGAGAAUGCACCAAGUUUAUUCAUUCAAACUGAUAACAAUUGAGAUUCUUCUGACUUUUUUUUUUCUCCUCAUCUCAAGAGGCAGCAUGGGACUGGAACAUGAAACACCUCUUUUCAAACUUAGUGUCAAAGUCGUUGUUGUCUUUUGCUUUUAUGACAUAAUUGUUUUUAAAGAAGUUUAGUACUGAUGAUGUGAAUUGAAUUAGGAGUCUGUUUUUAAGGUGUUUUGGAGAAAUUUUAGGUCAUAUUUUUAAAAAAAUGUUAAAAAUCUGAUACAUAUAGUCUAAAAUUAUCAUCUCCUUAAUUGUAUGUUUGAGCCUGUUUGCAGAAAUUCACAUAGCAAGUUCAGAAGUUCCUGAAAAGGAAGAACAUAUGUUCAGUGGAGGAACUUGUCUGUCAAAAUGUUUGAAACUUUUAAAAAACAUUUGUGAGUCUGGAGUAAAUAUUGGCAGAUUUCCUCCCUCUGACCUCUUCCCUAUCCACCGCAGUGAUAAUGAUAUUCCUAAUAGAGGAAAUAAUCAAAAUUUUAGGAGCAGGAAUUAUGUUUUUUAUUUUUUUAUAUAUUUUAUUGAUUUUUUACAGAGAGGAAGGGAGAGGGAUAGAGAGUUAGAAACAUCGAUGAGAGAGAAACAUCGAUCAGCUGCCUCCUGCACACUCCCCACUGGGGAUGUGCCCGCAACCAAGGUACAUGCCCUUAACUGGAAUCGAACCUGGGACCCUUCAGUCCUCAGGCCGAGGCUCUAUCUACUGAGCCAAACCGGUUAGGGCAGGAAUUAUUUUUAAAUUGCUGAUUAGAAGGCUUCCUGCAAUUUGGAGGUCAGACUAACCAAUUAUUGGAGGUUUACCCUGAAUUUUUCACAAUUGGGUGCUGUUUUACUAGUUCACCUAUUAAAGGACUAUGGUAAGUAUAGAAUCUUAAUGAUUGCCCAUUAGUAAUGCUUUUUUUCUAUUGUAGACAAAUGUUUGGCCCUGGCAAGAAGGAUGAAGCAAAAUAUUUUUGCACUCCAGGAUCAGGAGUUUUCUUUAAAGAUUUGUCUGUAUUCCUGUUGUCCCACAUUGUCACUCAAACUGCACAAUCAAGCUCACAAAGUUUUUGUGAAUAUUCUUACCCUCUGAUACCACCACCGACCACUGUCCUUGAAGUAGAUGUUUACUUGGCUUCGGGGAGAUACCGUCUCCAGGUAUGCAUGCUCAAUCGUCUUUGCAGGUACCUCUUUCCCUUAAAUAUCUGUGUUCUUGGGAUAGUUAAGUUUUCUUAUUCUACAUCAUCUUAACUGAUCCCAUUUCCUUCCAUGGUUUCAGGUAUCACCUAUAUGCAAAUGACUCCCAAAUUUAUAUCUUCUCUCUAAGCCUUUCCUAACUCAUAUAUCUAAUUUGCCAACUUAAGUCCAUUUUGCUGUCUCAGGCAGCACAGUAAGUAUGUCAUUGAUCUUGCCCCUAAACCUGCUUCUGUCAUGUUUCCCCUUUUGGUAAAUGGUACCACCACUACUACCCAUUCAGUUGCCCUUGCCUAAGCCAAAACCUGAGUUAUCCAUGACUUUCCCUCUUCAUACAUCAUAACAUUCACAAAAACCUUUCUGUUAAGUCCACCGUCUACAUUUUUCUUAAUUCUCCAGUGCUACUCUUUGAAUUCAGGCCAUCAACCUACCUAAAUGGUAGUGAUAGCCUCCUCAUUAGUCUCCCUUUCUCUGGUUUUGAUCCUUUUCCGCACUGCAGCCAGAUUGUUCCAAAAGGCAUAUCUGGUCAUAUCACUCCACUGCCUUCACCAUUGCUGUUAGGAUAAGAUAAACUUCUGUUCAUCUUUCAGGUCUCACUUUAUAUACCACUUCCUCUAGGAAGCCUUCAUUGAUGCCCACUAGACUAUGUGCCCCUUCUACGCCCUCCCUAAGUACCUUUUUUUCCCCCAACCAUACACUUAACACACUUAAUUGUUACUUACUUAACACUUAAUUGUUACUUGUUAUUAAUCAUUGCUAUACUGUAAGCUUUAUAAGGGCAGGGACCUCAUGCCUUGCUCAGUGUUAUAUUUGUAGUGAUUAGCACAAUGCCUGGCGUUUCAAUAAAUGUUUGAAUGAAUAAA